CACCGACGUUUCUCUCAUCAAUAUGUGCAGCACAACCAAGUCGUUAAAGGUCUAAAACGGGUCAUUGCCGACCGACCCACAAGACGAAGGUUCUUUUUACCUUCUUGUUUAUGAGAUUUCGUCAGAUCAUAUGGUACUGUCCCUUUAAAGGAACAGCUGAUGUCAAUCCGGAAGUAACUCUCAUCAGACUCGCCUUCUUGUAGUUAGUUUUCAUGUUUCCUGUGUCAUUGUUAGCUUCUUGUUUAGACCAUCUGUAUUGUAAUUAGACUACGGUGUCGUCUCCACAGCAAGAAAAUGGCCGAGGGUGCCGAGGCUGAUGUUGACGAGCCUUCUCGUUGUCAUUUGCCUGUCAUUACUGUUUCUGAUCUGCCCACUGUGACUGCAGCAGGUCGUAACCUCAAAGAAUGGCUCCAGGAGCAGUUCUGUGACGAAUCUCUGGAGCAGGAUGACAUGCGACUUCACAAUGCAGCCUAUGUCGGUGAUCUGGACACCCUGAGAAACCUACUACAGGAGGAUGGCUUCAGAGAGCGUAUCAAUGAGAAAUCUGUUUGGUGUUGUGGCUGUCUGCCCUGCACCCCUCUGCGAAUUGCAGCCACAGCAGGGCACGUCACCUGUGUGGCUUACCUUAUUUCUCAAGGGGCUGAGGUGGACCUCGUUGAUGUCAAAGGCCAAACGGCGUUGUACGUUGCUGUGGUCAAUGGUCACCUGGACUGUGUACGCGUCCUCCUUGAGGCUGGAGCCAACCCCAACGGGAGCCGUCACCACCGCAGUACACCACUUUACCAUGCUGUACGUGUUGGUCGGUUAGAUGUACUUCAGGAACUCAUCCGGUUUAAUGCUGAUGUCGACAUGGAUCAUCAGCUGGGUCCCCGGCUUCCCUUAUGUGCCCGCACCCUCAGCACUUUAGUGGUGUGUCCUCUCUACAUCAGUGCUGCCUACCACAACCUGCGCUGCUUCCGGGCUCUGCUGGAGGCUGGUGCUCAGCCAGACUUCAACUACUCAGGGCCUGUUUGCCACGAUGCUCUGACUCGUGGCCCCGCCUCCUGCCUUCUGGAUGCUGUGCUACGACAUGGAUGUGAGGUGGCCUUCGUCCAACUUCUGCUGGACCAUGGGGCCAACCCAGUCUAUGUUCCCUGGAAUGAGGCUGAGAUGGAGGCUCCCAACCGGAGAAAGGUGGAUCCAGAAGCCCUCAGGGUCUUCCUGGAAGCGAGGAAAUGCCCAGGCAGGUUGACCCACCUGUGUCGCAUCAGGAUACGCAGAGUCCUGGGGAAAAAACGUCUGCAGCAUAUACCAUCGCUGCCACUUCCUCAACCCAUCAAGAACUUCCUGCUUCAUCAGAACUAACAGCCUUGCGUCUUCACUAUCGCUUUCUUACCAUUUUAUUUAGAAUGGAAUAUUAUAUUUUUCAUAUACAUUCAACCAACCUUUCACUCCCCCAGUCAGGGUCUUGUUUUCUUUUACUAUUUAUUAUUGCUUGUAUCUUACUAGAGUAGGGGUGGGCGAAUGUUUUGCCUCGCGGGCUGCAUUGCAAAAUUUAUGGGGGGCCAGACUAAACCAUCAAAAGGUCGUCUCAAGCCAUGAUGCCAGGUUGUAAGUUUAAAUUAAAUACUUUGGAAAGAACGGGCGGGCCAGAUGUGGCCCCCGGGCCGUAGUUUGUCUACCCCUUCACUAGAGUAUACCGUAUUUUCCGGACUAUAAGUCACACUUUUUUAAUAGGUUAGCUGUUCCUGAUAUUUUAUUGUUAGAACUUGCCUUCCAAGAUGACGUAAUGUCCGUUUUGGUCAAGUAGUUUGUAAAAUAAAUUCCCAGCAAAAAAUGCGACUUAUACUUCAGUGCGACUUAUGUAUGUUUUUUUCGACCUAAUUAUGCAUUUUUGGCCUUGUGCGACUUAUACUCGGGAGCGACUUAUAGUCCAGAAAAUACGGUAUUUACUAUGUAUUCAUUAUGCAGUGGGACCCACUUAAGUGGACAACCCAUCUAUGUUGACCAAUUUAUCAAGCUCGGUGGGCUACCGUGUUCUUAUUACUAAAAAGUGCCUGCUGAAGUUGAUGUUGACAAAAAUAGACAUAAAAUAUGAGAUCCAAAGGGGUCGUUUCUAUGAAAAAUUUAAUGUGUUGUUGUAUUGUCAACUUCCUCAUUAUCGUUAAGCAGCAAUAUACUAACAAAAACUACUGUUUACUGACAUAGCAUUGAAACGCGCAAAGAGACUUCCUGUUCAUUGAAAAGUAAGCUUUAAGACAAAAGUGUGGUCAUAUCAAACAGGAUUUUUCAACACCAAUGAACAAAAUGCGAACAAACAACUGCCGUAGGUUCAAAAAUCUUUAUUUUAGCCCAUUCUCCUUAUGUCGCUCACAAAAGUAUCAGCAUUCACAAGUUUUGGUUUCAGGUAUGUCAACAAGCGCUUAUAUCUAUUUCACUCAGCCAGUCCGAGGGUCGUCGACUUAAACUGGUUCUACUGUAUAAACCCUUCAGUCUCGGUUAGUUAGUAUUCAAUAUGUCUACAUUUAGUAUGCAUUCAUUCUAUACAACUUCACUGACAUAAGCAAUCAAUAGCAGUGCAAUCAUGUAAAGUAAAUGCCUUUUGUGUCCUGUGUUUUACUCCAACAUGUGGCUUAGAAGAAGUUUACAGUUGUGACAGAAUCAGAAAUUCUGCAUGUCUUACAAAACCUCAUACGACAUUGUUAUUGAUAGAAAAGCAAAAGAGCAACUGUCGAAAAUUGUGCUUCGACUGAAUAUCUCAUAGAAUUUUGCUUUGUAUACUUUAUUUCUGUUCAGUAAACCAAUCUUAAUCUUAUAUUAUCCUGUGUAUGGUUUUAUUGGUUGGUGUUCUACAUGAGCAGGUUGUGAAGUUCUGCCAAUGUAAGUUUAUUUUUUCCUACUUUACUAACAAAUGUUGUGGGGAAUGAAGACUGCUAUUGCUCAUCAUAGUAUUAUCUGAUUCUGGUCUUGUUAAUAUUACCAUGCUCAACAAUUUGUGUAAGAAAUAAUGCUCUGCUUCUUCCUACUCCUUUUCAGGCAAGCUGAGCCGUGUGAGUGCAAUCUUGUGAUCAGGGCAGCUCCGGGCCAAAUUGGGACUCAAAGCAAACUUUCAUUUGGUCGUCUGGGGCCAGGAUCAACAUGCAGUCGCUGUCUCAAAAGGCAGCAGCUGUACCAUUACACCACACCACCAGGGUCUGACAGGUGAGUGGGGGAAUUUGCCAUUUUAUUCUGCAGGGCGCUGUCAAUCACUGUGGUACUGAGCGUGGUCUCAGAUACCUGUCUCUAUUUUUCUAUGUGUGAAGGGGGUGGGCCUGGAUGUGAUGUUCCUUAAUUUAACUUGUUGAGCAUUAAUUAGCAAAAGAAUACCAUGCCGAAAAGAGCAACUGUCAAUAAUUGUGCUUCGACUGAAUGUCUCAUUCAAUUUUGCUUUGUAUACUUUAUUUCUGUUCAGUAAACCCAUAGUAAUCUUCUAUUAUCCUGUGUAUGGUUUUAUUGGUUGGUGUUUUACAUGAGCAGGUUGUGAAGUUCUGCCAAUGUAAGUAUUUUUUUUCCUACUUUACUAACCAAUGUUGGUUACUAUUACCAUGCUCAACAAUUUGUGUAAGAAAUAAUGCUCUGCUUCUUUCUACUCCUUUUCAGGCAAGCUGAGCCGUGUCAGUGCAAUCUUGUGAUCAGGGCAGCUCCGGGCCAAAUUGGGACUAAAAGCAAACUUUCAUUUGGUCACAGCAGCUGUACCAUUACACCACACUACCAGGGUCACCACAGGUGAGUGAGGGAAUUUGCCAAUUUAUUCUGCAGGGCGAUGUCAAUCACUGUGGUACUGAUACCUGUCUCUAUUUUUCUAUGUGUGAAGGGGGUGGGCCUGGAUGUGAUGUUCCUUCAUUUAACUUGUUGAGCAUUAAUUAGCAAAUGAACCAGACCGUAAAAUCACAGAUCUGGUUUUGCAUAAUUUCACAAUUUGUGUAAAAGUAUGUUAUUGACUGGUUAUUGUAUGUGGUUCACGCUCAGGUAUGUUGAUUAAAUAAACACAAUACAGCAUUUUACUGGCCACUGGAAUAUUCUAAAAUGAAAAAUCUUUAUUAAUGAGAUAUAUUGUUAGAUAUUACAGUCAUUAGCUUUUCCAAUUGUACCGAAACUAGUGAACAACAUAGGCACACUGUAUGAUACUCUUCUCAGUUCAUUAUAAAUGAAUAUCUGACAGGUACUUGGAACAUUUGCUUUUGUUUUGUUUUUCUCCUCAAAACUGGUUCUGAUCAAGCUUGUUUUAUGUGCCUGUGAAACAAAUUGCCCAACUUCCUGUUAGACAUCUGUUGCUACAAGGUCUCUAGAUGGCACUGUCCUCCUUUCAAGUGCUCACACAUCUGCCUUUUUUGUUUGGUCUGCCAUCUCUUUCUUCCCAUCUCUUUUUCUGCUUGAAGGACUCAGCAUCUGUCUCUAGGGAUGUAUUUAGGGCGCAGAAAACACAAACAAAACAACAACGCUGCUGGAGUGCUGAGUGCACGAUUAUACUAGGAGUUAAGCUCGGAGGAAGGAAAGAAAUCCAAAGAGAACAGCCAAGACGGCGACAAUGAGGAUGCUCAAAAUGGAUGAUGAAAUACAGAGCUCACCCGACAAGAUGCUUUCAAUUAAGCAGCAAGGCUGUGGAUGGAAAAGGCGGCUGAGUGAUGCUGGACAUGCUGGUCCUUCACCAUGACCCUGGGUGGAGAGGCACCCCGCCCUCAAAUUCCUCUCCAAUGCCUCAUUCCCUUUUGCGCUGGGCCAGGCUGGCUCCCCUGGGGCACAUCUUCAGGAGGAAAUUAUUUUUCAUUGCCACCAAAACAGAGCGACUCUCGCCAGUUUGGCCUUCGUCCCCAGGUUGGAAGGUCAUAUUUCCUUCUGCCCAAGAGGGGGCAGCUAUAAGAAACCCCGACUUCAACCGUCCACUGUCCUGUGGCUCUCGAGCCUUUGUUCACUCCGCAGAGCAACACUGGGUUGUAGAUCAUUGUAAAGCUCCUGAAUUGACUUCUUUAAAGCCAUAGGACUGUCUAAUCCAUCUUCACUGAAGCCACUAGUGUGUUAGUUUUUCAACAUAAUUACCCUCAAAUGUAUUGUUUUUAGUAUUCAUACCUUUAAGGAUUCUCUAAUGAGCCAUACAUCUCCUUUCUAUCACACAUUUCCUGUUCAGGGUUACAGCUGUGCUGAAUUCUAUCCCAGGUGACUCAGCAGAGACUCCACUGACUUCAUUGAUCAUCGUUGCCACGGAAUGUAGACCAAAAUAAUUUACUCAUUGCUUAAAACACAAAACAAAACAAAAAAACAGAUGUUUUCCUUGUGUGCCUUUUGGGAACCACUUGUUUUAACAUACAUGGUGAUUCUUAAGAAUGGUUCCCAAAAGGCUCAUGGUAACCGUUGUUGGUUUUCAUGAAAGAUCUGUUUUUGAAACAUGAGUCACACUGGCUCAUUGAUUGAUGAACCUAAGGAUUAGGUUAGGGCUGUGGCGAUUUUGAGUCGCACAGGAAAUGGUCAUAUACACUUUGGCUUGCUCAAGGAAGUGUGCUCUUUUAUUACAAAGCUAGUGUGAGCCUACAACAGCGAUUUCAAUCUUGCGGAAUGCUUCUGGCUGCCGCAACGGUUUCAGUGUGAGCCUGUGGUAAGCAAACCAACUCUUACUCACAGUGCAACAAAAAAGUUAACACAUAACAUGAGUCAUUACUGUUAAUGUGUUGCAUUAACAUACUGGACACCUAUUCAGCCGGUUGUUCUGUGUUGUGUAGUCCGAUAACAUCUGCCUUUCUACAUUAAAUGUACGUAAAUUUUAUGAAAUCAAUUUAUAAAUAAAUUUGUUCCGCUUUUUUUGACUGAUGACUAAACAAAUAUAUGAAGGCAUAUGCAUGAUGCGUAGGUAUUAGAAGGACAUUGUGUUUUCUUCUUCUUACUUUUUGUAUCCUUCUCUGUUUCAUUUUGACUUACUCAUUACACCCACCCACCCGUCCACCUUCUUCUACUAAAUGUUGAAUCACAAUGAAUCAUUGAUUCUCAUUUUUUGCUCAUGGAUGUUUUUUUCCAGCUCCUGGGACUCUAAUUUCCUGUUUCUGCUCCUGUCAACUGAUUGAUGUUUAUGUUUAACAAUCUGUUUCUAUUUUCCACGAUUUAGUUCUUUGCUCCUCCAAUCCUCCUCUUUGUAUAACACCCCCCCCCCCCCACUCCCCCCACUCCUCUACGGUCCUGCUUGCUAUUGUCUUCAUGAAAUGUUCCAAGGUAGUGAAGGAUAAAAAGGGGUUUAUUUUUUGGCAGCGGUUGAACCAGUUAGAAAAUGGUAACACCUCCAAUAUGCCUCUCUAAAUCCAACACACACAUCAGGUUGGAGGCUGUAAAGCCCGGGUUGAUGAGCUGAUUAUCAGCUCUCAAAAUUUCCAUCUCAUUUCCUAUCAUUCAUUUUGGAAGCCAUACUAGUACUACGGCAUAGUUCACACUAGAGGUCGAUAUGUAAAGACAUAUGCCAUGCCAUGUGUUUUGUGAGUUAAUAGGUCAACCAUAUUUGCAUAGACUCCUAGAGACGCUUUGUUCCGCUUACUGGAGCAAAUACAAGGUGGAAUCAGUUCAAACUUUUGUUUGGGAUAAAUUCAAAUAUACCUCAAAAGCAAUGACCUUAUUUCCUACUUUAUGAGAAAGAUUUGAAGGAAGCAGGUUUUUACUUUGGUUUUUAGUAUUAAUUUGUUCCAAAAAGUUAAACGAAAACCAAGACAGUUGUUCCCACAGCUGAUGUAAAUUAAAUUGAUCCCUUCCAGACACACGAAAAUAUGAUCAAAAAUACAUUUUUUAGGGAAUAAUUAUAGUUUUGCAUGCAGAGAACAAUUUGAAAUGAUUAUAAAUGAUGAAUGGAUGGAACUUGUUGUUGAUGUGGUCUUCCCGUACAUCCUAGUGAAAUCGAAUUCAUUUGUAUGUCUCAUCUUUAUGGAAUUGCUGGGAUUCACAACUUUUAACUAUGCAGCAGUCACACUCAGAAAGUGUGACAGCAUUGUGUCGGAUGCUAUUUUUAGGCACUUGAUUUCAUGGAACGAUACAGUACUGGGCAAGCGGACAUUUGUUACUGAGAGUACUAUACGAAUCCUGAGGAAAUAUAAGAAUCCUGGUCCUAAUGAAAACUGAUAUUUGACUGUAUUAGUAACACCACUCUUUAUGAUACAAUUUCAUUACAUUGACAGUGUUGCAGACCAACAAAAUUGCAAAGUGUAAUAUCGGCCCCGUCCACGUGGAAACUUUCCUGGAAUUUUUUUGGGGCCAAUUUAGUAAAUAGUUGCAUCCAGACAGGAAUGGAUCACUGGUUGAAAAAGAUGUAAUACACAAGGCAGACCUACGUGUGUACACAUGAUACACCAAAACUAGAAGCAAGAAAAAACUUAUGCGCAUACGUCUUUUGUCUUUUUCCAAGGCUCAUCUUCAUUUACGAAGAAUUGGAACUACUUCUGCGAGUCAUUUUGGAAUAUAUGACAGGAGUCAGGAGAAUAUUGGCGAGGCUCCGGAAACUUUGUUCCAUCGUCUCAAUUUAGGCACCAUGUCCCAUCCAGCGCUCAGCCUAUGAAUGCAGAUGAAGGCAUUCCUUUUCAGUGUGAAGUUCCAUCUUGGACAGAGUCCUCAAGCAGAAUGGCUGAACUGGCUGAAGUUUUGUUUCCUAUUCAAAUCUUUACUCUGAAUCAAAAUGAGAAGCACCUUGAUGACCAACAAAGAGAGAUGAGACCAUGACGGAGAUAGCAGCUGGUCCUUUGGAGCCUCUGCAAUGACCUAAGACACCUUUGUGUGUAUCAGUGUGUGCUUCUGUUCUGGUGAUUCCAGUGGAGCCUCGGUUUUCAUAGGAUUUGUUUUCUUGGUUAUCAUACAACCAGUCGGGCUAAAAAAAAUAGCUUCAGAAUCGAAUGCCCAAACAAAGCAUCCAGCCAUUGGUAACUCAGUCUAUGUGAAUAAUGCGUAGUGGUUCUUUGAGUUGAGACAUUAUAAACAGAUUCCAGCCAAGGGAAUCCUUUAAUCAUCUUUAUUAUGUUUGUGUGGGUGGUUUAUUUGUUCAUAGGACACACACAGAACAAUGAAACACAUUUGUCUCCUUUUUUCCUCCUAAUAAGCAGUGUUUGCUAGGCACUGAUGAGGCAUUCGAGAGCAUUUUGUAUUUCUGAGUGUGCUUUCAAAACAAAUUAAGUAAAAAAUUAAGUAUGGCUGCAAAAAAACGUUGCAAGUCCCAGAAAUUUGAUUAAAGAGGUGAUGAAUUCAGGAAAGACGAUUCAGGUAGCGUCUGUUAACAUCUGUUAACAGCAGAAGGAAUGGUCUAACAGAAGCACAUAACAGAUAGUGAGAAUAAUGAAUGUUUGUACUUGCUGCUGAAGUUUACAAUAAAGCCCAAGUGGGGAAGUAUACAAAUCUAAGAGUCCACUCUGUAAAGUUUAAAGUUAAGUAUUUAAGAGACAGGAAUGAAACCUCUUCCGCCCCCUCCCCAUUUCCCUCCACGUAUCACCAUGUUCACUAACAUGUCUUCAGUAAAGGUAAAAGUCAAGAUAAAUGUAUAAUUUAUAUGUAUUUUGCUUUGUUUCCUGCAUCUACAACUUAUUCUAUGAAUUAUUCUCAAUAAAGUGUUUUGUGUUCAUA